GCCACGAAGAUCCUAGCAGGCUGCGCCUGGUCUGCAUCGAUCACAGUGCACUUGUGUGCCAGGCAGUACUUUCGGCCUUAGGUGGAGGGCGGCCCGACCCGGAACCCCGUAGAGACUGUUGCCUCCCGGGGCUCCUCUCGGUGUUUUCUGACCAGCCUCUUCCUAUUCCGUAGGCACGAUUCGACUCUUCGACCUUGUGUGGGUUUUACCGCCGUCGUGCAUCCACACGAGUGCUUCUCUUGACAUUUCUCGAAAAUGGGAGAAGAAGAAUAAAAUUGUUUACCCACCUCAACUGCCUGGCGAACCUCGGAGACCAGCAGAAAUUUACCAUUGUCGGAGACAAAUAAAAUACAGCAAGGACAAGAUGUGGUACCUGGCAAAGAUGAUACGAGGCAUGUCCAUUGAUCAGGCUUUGGCGCAGCUGGAAUUCAAUGAUAAAAAGGGGGCUCAGAUCAUUAAAGAGGUUCUCUUAGAAGCACAAGACAUGGCAGUGAGAGACCAUAAUGUGGAGUUCAGAUCCAACUUACACAUAGCUGAGUCUACCUCAGGCAGAGGCCAGUGCCUGAAGCGCAUCCGUUACCAUGGCCGAGGUCGCUUUGGCAUCAUGGAGAAGGUCUAUUGCCACUAUUUUGUAAAGCUGGUGGAAGGACCCCCACCCCCACCUGAAGUACCCAAGACAGCAGUUGACCACGCCAAGGACUAUAUUCAGCAGCUUCGCAGCCGGACCAUCAUCCAUACUCUAUGAGAUCUGUGCCGGUCAUCCUGGCUCCACGGUGUAUAUAGCUUAUGUUUAUUUUAAAAAGUAAAAACAAGUGAUUUUUAUCUGUUUCAUUGAA